UGACAUUAGACUUGCAGCGAUCGAUUCGCGAGUGCUGCAAUGGCCUGGCGCCGUUGGCCCGACAGCGACGCGCCUCAAGUCAGACCGGAGGCUGAGAGGCGAUGGAUGCGAAGCCUCUACUUGGCAGCUGCUGCAACCGUCUUGGCGUGCAGCAGCAGCGGAGCUCAUACGUUUAGUCUGGCCAGCCAGAACGUUUGGAGAGAGGGAUCGCUGCGAGCGCGGAUGCUGAGGAUCCCGAGAAGAGCUGAGGAGGCUGAAACAGGAGAAGAUGCGGCAGGGGAUGUCCCGGAGGAUGAGGACGAGGAGGGCCAGGUCUUGUACUUCGGCGGCGCCACGGAAGAGCGCACGGAGCCGCAAGAGACCGAAGCCAUGCAAAUCGCCGGCCGCAUCAAUGAGGCGCUGGCCCUGAAGCGAGUACCAAAGCCAGUACUCGCAGGGCCUGUUGACACGGCCUGGUAUGACGAGCUGGGCGUGCCACCCAGCGCCACGUCAGAAGAGAUACGCCUGAAGUACUUAGAAAUCGCGGAGGAGGUUGAGGAGAACUUGGCCUUUCUUCUCGAACAAGGCGAGGGUGGCGAGUACCAGGAGCAGGUGACAGCUCGGGACGAUGAGGAUGAUGACGAGUUUGAAUGGACACGAUGGGAGGAGGAAGGCGAGGACGCCAUUGCCUUGCAGCCCGAGAGCAGCUUGGCACAGGCGUCGCCGAGCGGCGAAGCAGAAGAGGAAGCAGACAUCCUAGCGGAGGAGUUCUAUCGUGUGUCCAACCUCUAUCAGAUUCUCUCCGUGCCGUCUCUGCGGAAGAUCUACGAUGAAGGUGGUGUGGAAGGACUUGCCAUGCGGGUGCCGGCGUUGUCCAAGGGGCUGCUGGAGCCGGAGCGGGUUCUGAAGAUGGCCCAAGGCAUCAAGACUCCGACGAAAGUGCGGGAGAGUCUGCUGUUGCGCCAAGAGCCCCGUAUCAAGACCUUCCGCAGAUACCAAGGGAAGAACUCCAUCCGACAGGUGCUGCGUCGAAUCACCGACUGCAUCCGGGUGUGGUGCUUCAAGAGCAAAGAGAGUCUGAAGUUUAGAAGCAACACCAUCUACGAGGAGCUUCCUGAGAUUGCUGUCUUUGGCCGGGUGAAUGCCGGCAAGUCUGCCAUGCUGCAGCAUUUGUUUAGUGCGACAAAGCCUCGCAAGAACGGUCACUUCUCCGUCGCCCAAAGGCCUGGCAAGACAAAGGGCAUCCAGGUCUAUUGCAUGAAUCGCCGCUUUACGGUGGCAGACAUGCCCAGCUACGGCAAGGCCGACGAUCGCAACCAGGAGGCGGCCGAUGUCCAUGCCAACUGGACGCAAAAUUGGGAAGGAGUUGUUCAGGAGUAUCUCAACACCACCCACUGGCUCCGCGCCGCGAUUUACGUCCAUGAGAUUUCAAAGGAGGUGAUUCCGGAGGAUUUGAAGACCAUCAAGAUGCUGAGGAAGCAGAACAUCCCCAUCCUGCUGGUCUUCACCAAGGAUGAUAAGGUGGACUCUGAAACUCAUCGACACAGCCGCGUCAUGAGGCUGAGGCGAAAGCUGAAGUGGCCGAUGAAUUGGCCACAUGCCCACUACACCACCAGAAGAGGAGGAUACGGGCAAGUCUUCAAGAACAUGGUAGGGACAAUGAUGCUCGGGCUCGUUGCCACGGAGCAGAGGGAGGAUGCCUGGUUCGCACUGAAGAACGAGCUGCCCGACAUCUUCUGGGACUACCGCGACAAGUACGUUCCCAAGCCGCGGACUUUCUUUGGCAGGAAGAAGGCCCUCAAGAAGUCCCGCACCUAUCCUGACGAGGAUGUGCCGUACACGGAUGAGGAGUUGGAAGAGGAAGAGG